CUCUGUCUGCACAUGUUUGGAUUCGUGAUGUUUUAACACAAGGACUAUGAAAAUUCCUCCUAAAUCGAUUUCCUGGUCACAUUUCUGUUUGUGGAGCCCUCCACGGACAGAGUUUUUUUCUUUAAAUAAAAUCGCCAGUCCUCCUGCCUCGGCUCAGGGAGACGUUUUCAGGUGAGUUGUCCGACACUGCUGGGAGCGAAGGCAAAGCCUGGCCGGUUGUCUCUUUAAAUCGGCUCUGCAGUGUGAUGGGCACGGGAAGAACCAUUCCCAGCCUGCGGCAGGGAGCCGGCCACAGCGCCGCCAUCCGCCUCCCCCAUCCCCAUGGUUACGGCUCCUGCUUCCCGCCGGUCCUCUUCCCUGGCUGUCACCGGCGGAAGCAAGCGCAGAGGCGGCUGGCGUUCCUCGCCCGAGUUCUGGAAGCUGCGUGCUGAGAAUCGCGCUGCAUGUCUGCCGUCCUGGCUCUGACUCACGUCCCCGGCUGCAGUCCUGCAAUCUGUUGAUAACUCUGCCGGCGAGCGGGGCGCACGGGCCCCGGGAAUGGAGACCUGCUCCCCUGCACAGCGAGCUCGCGGUGGCUCCCCGGCAACAGGCACUGUGCUGUUGCCCCUCCAGCUGUUUUUGCCAAAAUAGGUGGGUGCAGCCUCUCCACCCUCACCUGCCCCACCAGAGUCGCCCUGAGGCCCGUAGCCUGGGGCUUGACCCUGUGGCCGCUGUUUGGGACCUUGACCUUCUGGAGGGCCAUGGAGGCUGGCGGGGAGAAAGGCGCGACAUAGUUGGCUAACGGGGACACCAUCUGCAUCCGGGGCGCCCACCCUUCAGUAACUUCACGUGCUCAUGGAUUUGAAGAGUGUCCUCUCCCUGCCCCAGCACCCAGGGGAGUUCCUGCACCCCGUGGUGUACGCCUGCACGGCCGUCAUGCUGCUCUGCCUCCUCGCCUCCGUCAUCACCUACCUCAUGCACCAGAGCGCUAUCCGGAUCAGCCGCAAGGGCAGGCACACGCUCCUGAACUUCUGCCUGCACGCAGCCCUGACCUUCACCGUGUUCGCCGGGGGCAUCAACCGCACCAAGUACCCCAUCCUGUGCCAGGCGGUGGGCAUCGUGCUGCAUUACUGCACACUCUCCACCAUGCUGUGGAUCGCCGUGACCGCCAGGAACAUCUACAAGCAGGUGACCAAGAAGGUCCCACCCUGCCCAGGCCCAGACCAGCCACCGUACUCCCAGCAGCCCCUGCUCAGGUUCUACCUCGUCAGUGGAGGGGUUCCUUUCAUCAUCUGCGGAGUCACGGCCGCCACGAACAUCAGGAAUUACGGGACGGAGGGCGAGGAGUCGGCAUACUGCUGGAUGGCCUGGGAGCCCAGCCUGGGCGCGUUCUACGGGCCGGCGGCCUUCAUCGCCCUGGUCACCUGCGUGUACUUCCUGGGCACCUACGUCCAGCUGCGGCGUCACCCGGAGCGCCGGUACGAGCUCAGGGAGCGGACGGACGAGCAGCAUCGCGGGGCCCUGGCCGUGUCCCAGGGCCACUUCCUGGACAUGGUCUUCAGCUGCCUGUACGGCGCCUUCUGCGUGACGCUGGGGCUCUUCGUGCUCAUCCACCACUGCGCCAAGCGAGACGACGUGUGGCACUGCUGGUGGUCGUGCUGCCCUUCCCGCCGGGACACCCAGGCCUCGAAGCUCAGUGCCCACCACACGCUCGACGCCAACGGGGACGCACUGGGGCACACCACCUGCCUGCAGGACUCACCUUGUGUUGGCAAGCCACGGGGCUUUGGGCACCCGCCGGCCGGCCACUGCAAGAUGACCAACCUGCAGGCCUCCCAGAGCCACGUCAGCUGCCUGUCGCCGGCCACGCCCUGCUGUGCCAAAAUGCACUGUGAGCAGCUGAUGGAGGACAUGGCCCACGUCCACCUGCAUGAGGAGGACGCGUUUGGGCACGACCUGCACCUGCACCGGUGCCUCCAGGGCAGAACUAAGCCUCGCUACUUCAGCCGGCACAGGGCGGCCGCGGCCGAGCAGGAGUACGCCUACCACAUCCCGGGCCCGGCGGGGAUGCACACGCUGGCCUGCUGCGCCCAGGGCGACCCCUUCCCCUUGGUCAGCCAGCCCGAGAGUGGCAACGUCAGUCCCACACUCUACGGCUGCACCCCGCGGCCCGGCAGGGAGGUAGGCCGUGGCCCCGCCCACUUUGAGAUGCUCCAGAGGACACAGUCCCUGCCCUUUGGGGGCCCUGGCCAGAACGGGUUGCUCAAGGGCGACGUGUGCAAAGCCGUGCCUUACGGUGCUGACAGCACAGGCAACAUCCGAACGGGGCCCUGGAAGAAUGAGACGACUGUGUAGCCGCCGUGCCACCCACCCCGGGCGAGCGUCAGAGCAGAGCAGGGACCCUUUCCCACGUGAGGUCGGCAGGGUCACCAAGUGACAGAGCCGCUCGGAAGCGGCUGGCACCCCCGCUGACCUCUGGUUAUGAAGGACUCAAGUGGGAAGACGCUUUGGGCCACGUUGCCUCCCCGAACUCCGAGAUCAGACAAGUUGUCGUGCCCACAGUCAGCCCUCGUGGACCUGAAGCGCCCGUCCCCGGGCAGCCCAGCCACGCAGCAGGCAGAGGAACCGGCCUCCGUGUGGGGGCCUGCCCGCCUGUGACGGCCGUGGCAGGAGGCACACUGAUCUUUCUCAUGUUCUAUGUGUGUGUUAAGUCUUGUUCCAGGGGCGGGCAGCCUGCUGGCCAGCCCAGUGCGCUCUGAACCUGGGCCCCACAUCUGAGCCGACGCCCGUGCCAUCUCCAUCUCAGCCCCCACCCUGAAUGCAGCCCCAGCCCCACAGGCUGAGGGCCUCACAGAUGCGGGGCACCCAGCUGUGCUCUGGGAGCACGUGGCCUUCAGGGGGGUGGAGGGGGCGCCACGGCUCUGCAAAAGCCCAACUGUCCUUUAACAAAUAUUCCAUUUCCUAAGCCAGCCGCUGUCAGGACUAGAUCCCGCCCCAACAUGGGAAUUUGGGGAAAAUAAAGUUCCCUGCCCCGCAAAGAGAAGGAGCUGGCAUUUCCAUGAACAUCUGGGCACAAAGCCCUGACUCAGAGGACAGAAGUGCCCCAUCCCUUGGCUGGGGUCAGUGGGUCCUCACAGGGGCAGAAGCCUGGAUGCCCAGAAGGAUGUGACAUGCGUGUGAGACCGUGCACAACCGCCCCUCCCUUCCUCCCCUUGGAACUGUGACAUGUACACACACACACACACACACACACACACACACACACACAUCUGUGUGUGCACCACACAUGUACAUGCCACGUGUGUGCAUCACAUGUUCACCCACCCAUGCACAGUACACUAUCCCUGUGCGCACAUCACCACCAACAUGCACACGGCACAUCGUGCACAGGCAAGGUAGUCAGGUGACCAGUGGUCUGCUCGGCUGUCAUGGUGCGACUCGCCCGUGUGCUCUGCGGUCUAGGCGGGAGGAUGUCCCCCGGAGCAGCUCCCUCCUUCGCACCCACUGGGAGAGACCAGGAGUGUGACAGGUGCCCCAGGUCCCACGCUCAGUAUCUGAGCGCGAGGAGCCUCACUUCCCGGGAUUCCUGACAGUGAAGCUGUAGCUUACCGCAGUGUCCGUACCUGCCACCGACCCCGUGCGUCUCACAGGCCCAGCAGACAGGCAACCAGAUGGCCUCCGGGCGGCUCCUGUCUCCAUCACUGUCUGCCUGUUCACCUGCUUCUGUUGCUGACAUGAACCGAGACCCGACGCUGUGCUGUGGACACACUGUAGAUGCAGAACCGUCAGGCAAAAUACAGUGUUUCACAUUGUUCGCCCUUCGUGAGGCUGGUUACUGGCAUCCAUGUGCGUCUCUGACCCUCGAGGAGGGCGGCCCACUGGCCUGCAAGGCCCUGUCUGUGCCCUGGUGCUUGGAGCAGGGCCGUUCUUCCCUGGCCCGCCCCCGUGGGGACCCAGCGUCCCUCCCACCUCAGCGGCCCUGGCAGAACAGAGAGCGCCUCAUUACCCAAACCAACGACGCUCAGCACUAAAUACACCUGGAGGGCUUCAGUAGCGACACGGCCGCCUGAGCCCAGCUGGGAGCCGUGUUGUGACAUGGCCACUGGCACGUGAUGUUUCCAGAGCACAG